AUGCAUAAAGUCCUGCGGCGACAGCAUUGGACUUGUGUCAGAUGCCUCCGCAAGCAGACAAGAUACAAUUCCACCGCGACGGGUAUCGCCCCAGCUGACAACAGCUCCUUCGAAUCUGUCUACCUCCACGGAUCUCCCAGUCGACGGAGUGAAAAUGCACUCCUACGCGAAGUAUUCAACAACAAAGAUACAUGGCCAGCAUCGGCCAAGAGAACUACCGGCCUCAUAGGAAAUAAUCAUUUGACAACCCCUGAAGGCUUUCAAAAAUUUGCAGAGACGUCGGUAAUACAAUGCAAGAAGCUGGUGGAAAAAACACUGGCCGCAUCCACUGUCGAGGAGUACAGAGCCAUACCCAAAGACCUAGACCGGCUCAGUGACUUGCUAUGCCGAGUCAUUGACUUGUCCGACUUUAUCAGGGGCAUACAUCCCGAUGCGGCGGUCGCUGCGGCUGCGUCGGCAUCGUAUUCGUUGAUGUUUCAGUACAUGAAUGAACUCAACACCACGACCGGCUUGAAUCAGCAACUGAAGAAGGCAUGGAACAUCCCAGACGUUCUAUCCCACUGGAGCGAAGAAGAACAGAUGGUGGCAAAAGUGUUAAUGAAGGAUUUUGCCAAGUCCGGGAUUGAUCUUCCUGACCAACAACGAAAAGAGUUUGUUACCCUGUCGAAUGAAAUCGCACAGGUAGGAACGGAUUUCAUCAAUCAAAUGGAUCAUGCUAGGGACCACGUCAUAUUUUCGGUCAAACAGUUGCAUGGCAUUAACCCAACCUCCGUUCAGGGUCUUAAGGCUGAGGAUCGAGUGCCGAUUCCCGUUUACAGUCCAAUAUCAAGAAUGAUCAUGACUUCGGCAACAGACCCGGCGGUAAGGAAGGAACUUUACAUCGCCGAAAGAACCGCCGCGCAAGGAACAAUUGCAAGAUUGGAACAACUCCUUCUCCUGCGGGCUAAACUCGCCAAACUGACAGGGUAUGAUAAUUACGCCCACAUGACCCUGGCCGACAAGAUGGCCAAAACUCCGGAGGCGGUGAAUAAUUUUCUGGAAUCUGUCAAUGCCAACAACAAAACGCAAGUGCGAGCGGAAAUCGCACUACUUCUGGAGACCAAACGCCAAGUGGAUUCAGGGCCGACGACAUUGGAUCCCUGGGAUCAUGGCUUCCUCCUCGCUAAGUUGGCGCAAGCGGAAACCAACUCCGGCCCUCGGACAUCAAAAUCUCGCCUGUCCGAAAAUGCCCGAUCUUAUUUUGCGUUGGGACAUGUUAUGCAAGGCCUUUCGAGCCUUUUUGAGUCCUUGUAUGGCGUUCGUCUCGUGCCCAACGAGACUCAACGGGGUGAGGUUUGGCAUCCAGAAGUUAAACGACUAGAUGUAUAUACCGAUAAACAAGAACAUAUUGCCACGAUGUACUGCGAUUUAUUCUCUCGGCCGGGCAAGGUCCCUAACCCGUCACACUUCACGCUGGUUUGCUCAAGAGAGAUCUCGGAAGAAGAGGUUCGCGAGUGUCAAGAGAGAGGUGAACCUUUGAAUAAUGGCAUGCCGACCAUUCUCGGGACGAACCCCACAUCGGGAGUGACUGUUCAUCACCAGAUCCCCAUUAUCGCCCUGGUGUGCGACUUCCCAGAUCCAAGCACAUCUACUGGACCAUCGCUAUUGUCGUUCCGCAACGUCACCACGUUGUUUCACGAAAUGGGUCACGCUAUUCAUAGCAUUCUGGGACGUACAUCAAUGCAAACCAUCGCCGGGACGCGAUGUGCUACAGACUUUUCCGAGCUUCCUUCCGUGCUCAUGGAACAUUUUGCCACCGACCCGUCAGUUCUCCGAUUGUUUGCUCGACAUUGGCAAACAGACGCCAUGAUUCCAGACGAAUUGAUCGCCGCUCUGGCAGAUGAGCGAAUGAAAAAGGCCGGAAAAAGUGGUGGAUGGUAUAACGAGGGUCAAAUUUUGAUGUCCAUCCUUGAUCAAGUUUAUCACUCCAACGGUCCCGUCGAAGCCCUGUGGCAAGGGCGAUAUAACUCUACCGCUGCGUAUCACGAUGUUUGGAAUAAAUAUGGGAGUGUGCCGGAGCCGCGGCAGACCGCCUGGCAGGGAUUCUUCGGUCAUCUCUAUGGGUAUGGGGCCGUUUAUUACUCGUAUCUAUUUGACACAACAAUUGCGCGACGCGUGUGGCAAACGGUGUUUCGAGAUGGCGGAAAUGCAGGCGCCAUUGAUAGACUGGCUGGGGAGAAAUUUAAGCAGGAAGUUUUACGAUGGGGAGGCGGCCGAGAUCCCUGGCUAUGCCUGGAAAACCUCAUGGGUGACGGACAAGGAGUGUUGGCCGAAGGUGGAGAAGAGGCAAUGCUUGAGGUUGGUAGAUGGGGAGUCGGAGUGUCGGAUGAAGAGGCCAUGUAA